AUGGGGAAGGCCACGCCGCGGAAGCAGCGCCGGGAGCGCACGACCUUCACGCGCUCGCAGCUGGACGUGCUCGAGGCGCUCUUCGCCAAGACCCGCUACCCCGACAUCUUCAUGCGCGAGGAGGUGGCCCUCAAGAUCAACCUGCCCGAGUCGCGCGUCCAGGUCUGGUUCAAGAACCGCCGGGCCAAGUGCCGGCAGCAGCAGCAGAGCGGCGGCGCCGCCAAGAGCCGCCCGGCCAAGAAGAAGUCGUCGCCGGCGCGCGAGAGCUCGGGCUCCGAGAGCAGCGGGCAGUUCACGCCGCCGGCCGCCUCCAGCUCGGCCUCCUCCUCCUCGUCCAGCUCCAACUCGUCGGGCCCCGGCGCGGCGCUGGGCACCCCGGCGGGCUCGACGGCCGCCGCCGCCUCGCUCAGCACCCCGGCCUCGUCCAUCUGGAGCCCGGCCUCCAUCUCGCCGGGCUCGGCGCCCUCGGCCGUGACGGUGCCCGAGCCGCUGCCGCCCGGCGGCGCCUCCUGCAUGCAGCGCUCGGUGGCCGGCGCCUCCUCGGCCACCUACCCCGUCUCCUACGGCCAAGGCGGCGGCUACGGGCAGGGCUACCCGGCGCCUCCGUCCUCCUCCUACUUCGGCGGCGUGGAUUGCGGCUCCUACCUGGCGCCCAUGCACUCCCACCACCACCCGCACCAGCUGAGCCCCAUGGGGCCCUCCUCCAUGUCGGGCCACCACCACCAUCACCACCACCACCCGCUGAGCCAGAGCUCGGGCCACCACCACCACCACCACCACCACCAGGGCUACGGCGGCGCCGGCCUCCCCUUCAACUCCUCCGACUGCCUGGACUACAAGGAACCGGCCGCCGCCGCCUCCUGGAAACUCAACUUCAACUCCCCCGACUGCCUCGACUACAAGGACCAGGCGUCCUGGCGCUUCCAGGUCUUGUGAGGGGCUGGUCCCCGCCGUGCGGCCCCGCUCCYGCCCCGCUCGCUCCCC